AUGGGCGUCGCCGGAGGCUCCGGACUGGAGGGCGACGCUGGAGGCUCCGUACUCUGCUCAGCCCAGCAUUCAGCCCAGCAUUCAGCCCAACCUAAGACAGGGCAGUUGAAAGGCAUCGUGGGAAAGUCUCUCUCUUUUCCAGAGAAGGUGUUGAAGUCUGGCAAUUUACUUUAUGGAGACCUUGGCAACAUUGCACAGGUGUACCCUGUUAAACAAAGUAAUACCAACCUUGUGAAGAGAUUUAAAAACCGCCUUCACUGGAACAAUGUUACUGGAGUCUUCACUUUGACAGACCUACAAAUAGAUGAUUCUGGGGUUUAUACUGUGGAGAAUGUAGAUGGAGAUGAAGAGAAGACGGCACAUAUAUUUCAGCUGACUGUGUACUUUCUGUCCAAACCUCAAGUGACAGUCCAUGACAGCAGCUCCUGUAGUGUGGUGUGUUCUGUGGAGAACGGGAAAGAUGUGACCUUGUCCUGGUACCGAGGAGAGGAGAAACUCAACCAGACGAGCAGCCCUGACCUCAACAUCACCCUCUCUCUACCUCUCAAGGUGGAUGUACAGACCAGAGACUCUUACAGAUGUGAGGCUGCCAACCCAGUCAGCAAGGAGAAUGCUGUUGUUCCAAAUCCCUGUAUAGAGAGUGAUCCCUCCAAGGUGGCAGAUGGUGAUGAGAUGACUCGAGGUUCUCUUAUUAUUGCUGUAAUCUGCGUUUUGGUUGCUUCAGGACUUGUUGGACUUGCAAUAUAUCUUAAGAGGAGAAACGGACACUCACAUACAGAUUCACCUGAAAGAAAGCAAGAUGUCAUUCAGUAUGCAGAGAUAACUCACAUUAAACCAGCAGAUAACCAGGAGGAGCGAAGAGGUAUACCAGAUCUGGAUCAGCUUAGAGACAACACAAACCUGACAUUAGUUUAUUAUACACACUGAGAGGGUGACAUGAUAAUUCACAUCCAAGAGAAGGCGUUACAUCUUACAGUGGACUUUGAGACAAAAUUAUAGUAAAUAUUAGUUUGAUAUAAUUCUAUAAUACUGCUGUUAUAAUACUGCUGGUCAGAAGCUUCUUUUCAGUUCUGUCUGUUCUGUUGUUUAAAUGUAGGUGCCUCCCCUGUAUCUUUUAUAGCUGGCCAUUGUUUAGUGCCAGUGGAUAGCAGCUUGAUUUGCAUUUUGACUCWGAAAGUGAUCUUUGGUGACAUUUUACUCUUAUUGCUUUUCACAAAAUKCAGACGUGAUUAAGUGUAGUUCAGAUCUUGCUUUGACWACAACUGUGUUCAYGCAGUUUGAAUGUACGAGAGUCACAGUUUAGUUUAUUAUGAAGGACCAUUUACUGCUUGUCCUUWUCUAGKUACACAUUAUGUAGYUCAUCAUCUCUUAAGAAUACAAUCGCUCCUGUAGACACUCCUAUUAGUGUAUUUUGUGCUCCACCUACAUUAGCCCAUAUACAGUAUAUAACUGUGAAAKAAUAUCUUCCGUUUUUAUACUUCAGAGUAGUUACUGAGACGGAAUAUUAAGGUAAUAUAAUUCACAUUCCACUAUUCUGAAAUACAGUAACUGUAUGACUGAUUCAAACUGAUAAAGAUUUUUGYACUGAACUUUUUUCUACUGAACUUCAAUAUAUCAAGUCAAAGACUUCUCCAUACAUUCAAUAUAAAGGUAUACAAUCUGGGAAAUGUCCUAAUGUUAAAUGGUCAUCAACCACCCAUUCAGCUUGAAAAAUAUACUUACCUUAUCACAACCCAAAAUAUUAUUUAAGUUUACUCCAUUGUUUAUAUUUUUGUUGUCAUUUUUGUUUUUGUAAACUGCUACAACACGCCUCUGAAAACUGUCAGUCGUUGCAGCCAAUGUUUAAGAUUGGYAACAUUUCUCCAGAGACAAUUCUCCACAAACACAGAACCUCCAGAUUCUGGUUUUAAAGUUUGACCUAGAUAGUUUGUGUGUAUGUAUUGAUAUGUAGGAUAUGUGUGUCUUUUCUAAAUUGAUGUAGUUCAGGCCUUCAGCUGUGUUUAAGUGAUAAUGCCCGAGAAGCCGGUGUUUGGAGGGCAAACCGUGCCAAUAUAUCCUCCAAACACCGGCUUCGAGAGCAUUAUCACUUUUAUACAACGRGUUACCAACAUAUUUAAAUUAUGAUUGACAUAUUUUCAUUAAAUGUUUUAUUUUGAU